GGUGACCUUGAGGAAGAGAUCUACAUGGAGCAACCUCCUGGGUUUGUUGCUCAGGGGGAGUAUGGUCUUGUGUGUAAGCUGCGUCGAUCCCUCUAUGGGUUGAAGCAAUCCCCUUGGGCUUUGUUUGGUAAAUUCAGUCAUAUUGUUCAACUCUUUGGGUUGAAACGAAGUGAAGCCAAUCAUUCUGUUUUUUAUUGUCAUUCAUCCCCUAGGAAAUGUGUUUAUUUGAUAGUAUAUGUUGAUGAUAUAGUGAUUACAGGGAAUGAUGCUACUAAGAUUGUCCAGCUAAAGGAGCACUUAUUCAGUCAUUUCCAGACCAAAGACCUAGGGUAUUUGAAGUACUUCUUUGGUAUUGAGGUGGCUCAAUCAGGAGAUGGUGUUGUGAUCUCACAGAGAAAGUAUGCUCUUGACAUUUUGGAGGAGACAAGCAUGCAGAAUUGUAGACCUGUUGAUAGCCCUAUGGAUCCGAAUCUGAAGCUCAUGGCAGAUCAAGGUGAAAUCUAUCAUGACCCCGAAAGAUAUAGGAGACUUGUGGGAAAACUAAUUUAUCUCACCAUUACAAGACCUGAUAUUUCCUUUGCUGUUGGAGUAGUGAGCCAAUUUAUGCAAUAUCCCCGUGCUGAUCAUUGGAAUGCUGUUACAUGUAUUCUUAGAUAUAUAAAGAGAGCUCCGGGACAAGGACUGCUUUAUGAAGACAAAGGUAACACACAAAUAUCUGGGUAUUGUGAUGCAGAUUGGGCUGGCUGUCCCAUGGAUAGGAGAUCCACAUCAGGAUACUGCGUCUCUAUUGGCGGAAAUGUUAUCUCUUGGAAAAGUAAGAAGCAAGCUGUUGUUGCUCGAUCUAGUGCGGAGGCUGAAUACAGAUCUAUGGCUAUGGUCACAUGUGAACUUAUGUGGAUUAAACAAAUUCUUGAAGAGUUGAAAUUCUGCAAAGUGGUACAAAUGAAGUUAUAUUGUGAUAAUCAGGCUGCUCUUCACAUUGCUUCAAACCCAGUCUUCCAUGAGAGGACCAAGCACAUAGAGAUUGACUGUCACUUUAUUCGAGAGAAGCUACUGUCCAAAGAGAUUGUCACUGAGUUCAUUAAUUCUAAUGAUCAGCCAGCUGAUAUUUUGACUAAGUCUUUAAGGGGGCCUAAGAUUCAGUUUAUAUGUUCCAAGCUUGGUGCAUAUGAUUUAUAUGCUCCAACUUGAGGGGGAGUGUUAUAAUUAUGUGUAUCUUUUGAUAGAUUUUCUGUUUUUAGCUUCCUUAGUCUCCUGCUUAGCUUGUGGUAGAAGACAGCAGUAUGACUUGUCUUGUCAAGCUGUCUCUAUCCCUUUUUGAUGUAUAUAUAUAUGUAUUAUUUGAAUGUAAUAAAGUAAGCAAGUGAGUGAACAGUCUUCUUCCUCACAUAUUCAAAGCUUCAAGUAACUUUUAAUUUUCAUUAGAAGAAUGGAAGUGACAAGGAUCAAACUUUAGACCAUUUGGUCAUAGAGGCAUUGCUAUAUCAUGUCAUGAACCAACUAUGCCAAUAGCUUAAAUUGUCAUAUGAAGACACAUGAUUGGUUUUAUAUUAUACAUAA